UCUCUACUAGUCAGUGUUACUGUGCCCCCCAACCCCUCUCCUCUCCUCUCUACUAGUCAGUGUUACUGCCCCCCAACCCCUCUCCUCUCCUCUCUACUAGUCAGUGUUACUGUCCCCUCCAACCCCUCUCCUCUCCUCUCUACUAGUCAGUGUUACUGUCCCCUCCAACCCCUCUCCUUUCCACUAGUCAGUGUUACUGUCCCCUCCAACCCCUCUCCUCUCCUCUCUACUAGUCAGUGUUACUGCCCCCCCAAACCCCUCUCCUCUCCUCUCCACUAGUCAGUGUUACUGUCCCCUCCAACCCCUCUCCUUUCCACUAGUCAGUGUUACUGUCCCCUCCAACCCCUCUCCUCUCCUCUCCUCUCCACUAGUCAGUGUUACUGUCCCCUCCAACCCCUCUCCUCUCCUCUCCACUAGGCAGUGUUACUGUCCCCUCCAACCCCUCUCCUCUCCUCUCCACUAGGCAGUGUUACUGUCCCCUCCAACCCCUCUCCUCUCUACUAGUCAGUGUUACUGUCCCCUCCAACCCCUCUCCUUUCCUCUCUACUAGACAGUGUUACUGUCCCCCCCAACCCCUCUCUUCUCCUCUCUACUAGACAGUGUUACUGUCCCCUCCAUCUCCUCUCCUCUCUACUAGUCAGUGUUACUGUCCCCUCCAACCCCUCCCCUCUCCUCUCCUCUCUACUAGACAGUGUUACUGUCCCCUCCAUCUCCUCUCCUCUCUACUAGUCAGUGUUACUGUCCCCUCCAACCCCUCCCCUCUCCUCUCCUCUCUACUAGACAGUGUUACUGUCCCCUCCAUCUCCUCUCCUCUCUACUAGUCAGUGUUACUGUCCCCUCCAACCCCUCCCCUCUCCUCUCCUCUCUACUAGACAGUGUUACUGUCCCCUCCAUCUCCUCUCCUCUCUACUAGUCAGUGUUACUGUCCCCUCCAACCCCUCUCCUCUCCUCUCUACUAGACAGCACUACUGUAUUUACCCUCACCCCCCCCUCACUCAGAACAGCGCCUGAACAGGAGUUCACACUGAUGUAUUCUAUUGCCCAUAUGUCACCAUCUCCCAACCCUCUCUAUUGUUUUAACAAAAAAAGCUCUCCUCUUGUCAGUGACUCCUGUUUAUUGCUUUUUUAAUGCUCAUCGGAUGAUCUAUGUCAUUUCUGUUUUUGUGGGUAAAUGCGACAUGAGCGUAAUGUUGAUAUGUUGGUUUUUAAUCCACGUUUUUCAUUUCCGUUGAUAUAUUUUUUUUUCUCACAAUGUUUGUUAAUAUGGUGAAGCGGUUUGACAUGUAUAGCUAAAGUUGAACCGGCAUUAAGAAAGAGAAAUCUUAAAUGUUUAUGCUGCCAUCGCUUUGGUUGCUAUUAGUAUCGUCGUGCCGGCAGGAGGGGGAAAAAGCCGUCCUGCAACGUCCACACCAAGCUUUUCGUCAGGUCAACAGAUCCAAAGCUUAAUUAAUUGCGGUCAUUAUUGUUAAUAUUGUAAAUAUUUUAAGUUGGACAGAUUAUUUAUUCAUUGAGCGUUUUUGUGAAGCACAUUGAGUGACAAUCAUGUUUAUUUGGGGUCAUAUUUUUAAAAACUUUCUUUUGACUUUUUUUGCAUAAUGUUGACCAGAUGUAUUGUAAGCCUUGUAUUUAUCUUGUAUGGAAGACAAAAACUACUCAAACUUACAAAUACAUACAUAUCUAUUGAUAUGUGUUUUUGUGUGUUGUGCAGAUUUUAUUCUCAUCCAUUUUUAGCUAGCAGUGGCUAAAGUUUGAAGUGGCUGUUUAAAGAAAUCUGAGCCAUGGAUUAUAAUUCUCCUGGCUCAUAGGCUACUUUCAGAAAUCUGAGCCAUGGAUUAUAAUUCUCCUGGCUCAUAGGCUACUUUCAGAAAUCUGAGCCAUGGAUUAUAAUUCUCCUGGCUCAUAGACUACUUUCAGAAAUCUGAGCCAUGGAUUAUAAUUCUCCUGGCUCAUAGACUACUUUCAGAAAUCUGAGCCAUGGAUUAUAAUUCUCCUGGCUCAUAGACUACUUUCAGAAAUCUGAGCCAUGGAUUAUAAUUCUCCUGGCUCAUAGACUACUUUCAGAAAUCUGAGCCAUGGAUUAUAAUUAUCCUGGCUCAUAGGCUACUUUCAGAAAUCUGAGCCAUGGAUUAUAAUUCUCCUGGCUCAUAGACUACUUUCAGAAAUCUGAGCCAUGGAUUAUAAUUCUCCUGGCUCAUAGACUACUUUCAGAAAUCUGAGCAAUGGAUUAUAGUUCUCCUGGCUCAUAGACUACUUUCAGAAAUCUGAGCCAUGGAUUAUAAUUCUCCUGGCUCAUAGACUACUUUCAGAAAUCUGAGCCAUGGAUUAUAGUUUCUCCUGGCUCAUAGACUACUUUCAGAAAUCUGAGCCAUGGAUUAUAAUUCUCCUGGCUCAUAGACUACUUUCAGAAAUCUGAGCCAUGGAUUAUAAUUCUCCUGGCUCAUAGACUACUUUCAGAAAUCUGAGCAAUGGAUUAUAGUUUCUCCUGGCUCAUAGACUACUUUCAGAAAUCUGAGCCAUGGAUUAUAGUUUCUCCUGGCUCAUAGACUACUCUGAGUAAUGAACAUUAAAUUGUAAAAUACCAAAAUGAUCCUUUAAGGUUGAGCUUUGAGACAUGCCAUGGAAUAUGUUGAUCUGAUUGAAUUUUGGUCAUAAUUGUUAGGUGCUAUGAAAUUUGCUUGUACAUGUUAAGUGCUAUGAAAUUCAACGUGAUUGUGAUUGAAAUCUAUACAGAAGAGUACUAGCAGUGAAGACCAUACCCUUUGUACAAUGGCAUAAAUAUAUUGAGGCAAGAAACUACGAGACCCAGCAUGCAACAGCAUGUGAUCUCGCCAAAUAUUUCCUCAUUUAACCUCACUCUGCCUGCCUCAUUGGGAUAAUUAUAGGAGAUUGUCAAUAGUCAGUCCUCUCCUCGCUGGUGGCGCUCUACAGUUUCAAUGUGACGUUGUAUUCUGUAACAGUGAAUGGAAUCAUUGCUAUAAUAUGAAGUGAAGUGUACUGCAAGUAUAUAAGGCACCACAAGAUGGCAGCAGAGACCAGAACCUUUAUAAACCCAUGCAAGAUGAGAUUUAUGCGCCCAUGUAGUCUCGUCUGCUGCUGACUUUCUGGUUGGAACGGCUUUGUUUCGAAUUCAUGUCAAUAAUAAAUAUGAUACCUAUAUAUUUCUAAAAAGGCCAAUAUGAUGUGUACCCACAGAAGGAUCUGCACAUGUUCGUACUCAGUCAAACCUCGAGAUGCAUUUAGUUGUGACACUCAUAACACAUCAUGCGCGAGUUACCUUUCUUGACAUUUCUAUAUUAUAUUCAGAAUGAAUCGUUUUUACAUUACAGAAAUUGCUGUCAGAGUGCCAUCAUAACGGAAUCGAUAGUAGAUUCUCCAGUCGUUGUAAUCUUUAAGAGCCAAUGAAUUUCGUGCUUCUAAAAACUGUGAAUACACGGUAUCCAACCGCAGCUCAAGAAGAGGACAGAGACCCUCCUUUCUGCGUAAGCGCAACCAACCAACAGUGGGCAUUCAUUAAUAUUUCUUUGGGAGUGAGGUAUAGUAUACAGAUGCGUGACUACUUUUUGCUAAAUAGUUUUUUUAUUUAAACGAGCUAAUUGCAGGUGCAAUUCUGGUCAUUGUUGUUUUUAACAUAGCAUUUGAGAUCUGUUCCAGUUUUUGAUCAUUUUGAUGUAGUGUCGCUGCUAAAAGAUGCCGCAGCCGAAAUCCCGAAAAAUCGCCGUCCUGGGCUACAGAUCCGUCGGUAAAUCCUCCUUGACAAUACAGUUUGUGGAAGGCCAGUUUGUCGACUCGUAUGACCCAACCAUUGAAAACACGUUUACAAAGAUGAUCACAGUGAAUGGUCAGGAGUACCACCUGCAGUUGGUGGACACAGCUGGGCAGGAUGAAUACUCCAUUUUCCCACAGACCUACUCCAUAGACAUCAACGGAUACAUUUUGGUGUAUUCUGUCACGUCAAAUAAAAGUUUUGAAGUAAUAAAAGUUAUCCACGAAAAAUUAUUGGAUAUGGUGGGUAAAGUACAAGUACCCAUCAUGUUGGUGGGGAACAAGAAAGAUCUACACAUGGAACGUGUAAUCAGUUGUGAAGAAGGCAAAGCACUGGCUGACUCGUGGAACGCAGCGUUCAUGGAGUCCUCUGCAAAAGAGAACCAGACGGCGGUGGAGGUGUUCAAGAGGACCAUCCUGGAAGCGGAGAAAAUGGAGGGGGGAGCCCUCCAGGGCAGGACGUCCUGCUCCCUGAUGUAACCAUCCGCCUCGGGCCCUCGCAACCCGUCCCCAACCACAGCACUGGACACUGGGAAAUCCCUCUACUUGAAGUGGCUAACUGCCUGUUCUCCCUCAAGAAACGUCUUCUGUUUUUCCCUUUUUUUUGUGUUUUUUUGGGGGAAGGACAGAGGAAGACUUUGACAUUAAGAGUAAUUAUCCAUCCCAGCUUAGAGUACACUCGUCUCACCCCCCCUCCCUCCCUGACUUCCCCUUCUUCUGAGAAACCAAACGUGGUGAAAUAUCGAGCCUUACUUCUCAUUUAAAGCCUGUAAUCUCAUUGCUACCUGACCCCCCCUGCCUUCCCCUUGAAAAGUUUGUAUAACAACAUAUUUCUUAGUUAUUAUUAU